ACUACAUAUCAGUUAAACAAAGAGGAAAACUUCGUACGCGCGCUUUUCGAACCUCACAUCGAAGUAGGUUUUGUAUUUUGGUAAGAGUUGCGUAUUUUGAUUGGGUAUUUUGUUGUACAAUGGUUAGAAAACUUUUUAUUUUAUUUUUCUAUCAAACGACCACCAAAGCGGAAAUAAGGAGUUCAUUCAACUUAUAUCUCAUGCGAUGUUUCAUUAUAUCUACAUAUCUGUAGCUAGCUUUAUUUUCGAGAGCAUUGCAGAACGUGGGACAAGGUUCCUAAGCCUGCCUCAAAAAUUCUGCAGUUCCCCCAUUUCUGCUGUUAAAAUUUUGUGAUGUGCCAUAGGUCAGUGAAGUUGAUAUUUUUUGAGAAUUAUCUAUGCUGAAUUUCUAGUUUUCGGUGGAUAUUCUACUUAUUUUUAAAUGUUCUGAUCUCAGCAGCGAAUUCUCUUUCUGUGGAAUAUAUCAAUAACUUUAAGAUGGGAAUUUUUGUUUCCUCACAACUCAAUACUAGUGGCAAGUUACUGCCCGACUGGGUGUCCUUGUCUCACGGUGCUGUAGGGUUUUUGUACGAAUUCAACUAACUGAGUCCAAACAAGCUGAAGUACAGUAAAAUGCUUUGUACAAAUAGUCCAGUUUUAUCUGAGACCAUACUAGUUUAACUUGUCAGUGUCGUAGCGCUUGUCAAGUAAGAACUGUCAAUGCUGUUUUCCUAUAUUCACAGAAGUGAUAACAGGUAAUAUGUAUGGUCAUUGUUAAUAAUGCGUUGUCACUGCUCUUCUUGUACUGCAUAUCCUUCGAUAUAGAAAUUGCUGCAGUGCGGUCAAGUUUGUGUUUUAAAAGUAAAGGUAGAAGUAUGGCAUGUCAUAUGAUGCAUUCAUCGUGAAUUCUUAUAGGUGUUUUCCCACGCAGUUUUGGGUAUCAUCAGGUUCUGAAAUAGAUUUGCACAAAUACCCUACAUUUUCAUAGUAAUCAAAGUGGUUUUUCCGAAGACGUGUCAUUGUUAGGUAUAGGUAGUAAUUGCUUAGUACAAGAUUAUUAAUUGUAUCGAAACUGAAUUAAAACAAAGUAAUUCAAAUGAGUAAGAAUAAACUGAUAUUAAGUAAGGACAGGUUAAAAUUAGUACUAUAAGGAGUAGGAAUUUAAUAGUGGAAAGGACGAAAAAGGCAAAAUUAUGUUGAUUAAAAGUUACUUUCCUAAUGCUGACAAACUAAUUUAUUGUAAGUCUAGUGACUGCAGUAACAUUCUGAGUUUAGGAUUUAAGAUGUCGACUAUGCUGGCUUCCAUGGUUCGAAGUUUGGUCCCCACUCUUGUGGUGUGAUUUCCGCGAUUUCUCUAGACGACUCUGAAGUUUGCUUGUGAGUUCACUGGGUCCAGAAUCAUUUAAAUAACCUAGAACUGAGCCACAAUGAGGUUAAAUGUUUCGAUUAUACGAUGCUGCGUUAAUAUCUAUCAAGGGAAACCAUUGUAUGAAGUUUCGAUGAUACUCUUGCAUAGCAAAUGCUGUCUACGGUCGUCAUACUUAGCUCCAUCGAAGCAGGUGGACAGAUGGAUUCACAUUCAUUAGGUCAGAAGUAGUAGGUUGUCCUUAGGAGUAAUUGGUUUUGUGAGGAGAGAGAGAGAGUAACUCGAAGAUCAGCAGCAGUUUUUCUUCAAUGAACAGGACAAACGGUCUCAAUAUUUUUGCUGAUGAGUCUUCCUUGAACUGCAGAGAAGUUCCUUAGGGACAGGAGUUAUUUGAUUUUGCUGGUGUACCGUUCAUUUUGUGCUGAAUCGUUCAAGACAGCCAAUUUUAGUGAUUUUUUUUUACUGUGCUCCACUCUUCUAUGGUAUCCCGACUGCUGAUUUUGUUGAUUCUGCGACUCUUUGGACUAAUGUAUGUAAAUACACCCAACUGUAAAAGUUUGUAAGUUUCCCGUUCCCGUACGACUUUCUGUGGAAGGAUCUUUUCAGUGUUGCACUGUCGCAUCUUAUUGCGCACAUUUAUGGAGAAUCUUGUUUUUGAUGAUCCUAUUAAAGAAGCUAAAUACUGGAAACAGAAAGCGGAAGAAUAUCACGAUGGCAUGCGAGAGGCUCGAGAUGAGCUACAAGACUUUCAGAUUAGUUCACGGGAAUUAGAACUAGAGUUGGAAACACAAUUAGAACAAUUAGAAAAACGUAACACUGAACUUGUUGUGUUAUGUGAAAAGCUGACUAUGGAAAAAGAAUGCUACCGAAAUAAAGUGGAAAAUAAUCAAGAUUAUGUCAAUCACGAAAUCACAAGGCUUCAAGAAGAAUUAGAGAAAUCGAAAGUAGAUCGAGAAAAAAUGCAUAAAUAUAUCCGCGAAUUGGAGCAAUUAAACGAUGAUUUGGAACGUGCCAAAAGGGCAACAGUGGUCACAUUAGAAGAUUUUGAAUCGCGUUUAAACCAGGCGAUUGAGAGAAAUGCAUUCUUGGAAAACGAACUUGAUGAAAAAGAGGAUUUGAUAGUAACCGUUCAACGACUGAAAGAUGAAACGCGCGAUCUUCAUCAAGAGUUGGCUAUUACUCGUCGUCAGCCUGAUUCCAUCGCUCAUCAUGAAAUAAGUGAUGGAGAUGGUACACAUACUAAAAAGACUAACGCUAAGAGCACACAAGACUGUAUGGUACAAACAGACAAUAGUUGCUUUUAUAACUCAGUCCUUACUCCAUCUGUCAGAUUAUCUGCUUUAAAUAUGGUGAAUAGUGCGCUACAAAGAAUUGGACAAUUGGAAAUGAAAUUAUCUAUAUUAUAUAAAACUCAUGGCAAUGUUCCACUGUCGGCACCACCAAUUCAUCAUAUUCCAUCACAGUCUAAUGGUUUUGAUUCGAAAUUAUACCGCCUAAAAUCAUCACAGAGACUAUCUUCUCCAAGCUGGACAAAUGGUCCUAUUAAAUUAGAUCCUCUAUCAGUUGACCAAUCAUCUCAUAAAAAUCCUGUACAUAUGCUGCAUUGAUUAGACAAUGUAAUAAGCAAAAAGAGUUUAUCAAUAUCCUUAUAUAUAUUUGUGUACUUGUUCGGUUGUGUAAGGAAUUUUCCCCCUACCUUAUUUUGAUUGGAGUGCAUUUCAUCUGUUUUUUAUGUGAGGCUUUUUUACCAUAUUCCUUCUGUGUUGUUGUUCACCCUUCUCGAUAUUUCCACUUCUUAAUUGCGUCAUACAGCCUUACUACUGGAAAUCCUAUCAUAUCUGACAAACUUGUAAAAAUUAAAGGCAAACUUUUCAACAAGCCUUCAAACAACCUGUCUUUAUUUCUCCUCUCAGGCGAUUCACUGUUAUAUAUUUUUUCCUAUUUGUAAAGUUGUAUCAAGCAGACAACCGAACUCAAUGGAGACGCACGACUGAAGCCCUAAGUUCCUCUAGAAAUUAAAGGAUACAAUAAUAAUAAUAGUAAUAAUAAUAAUAAAGUUGUAUCAGUCAGUGCAUCAUGCAUAACAGACUUCUUCUUCUUUCAUUUCUGUGCCUAAAACAUUUUGUAUUAUCUCUCCUAGUUUACUAGCAAAGAAUUUAACCAUAUUAUGUGUGUGCAUACAUGUGUCUCAACACUCGCAUAACUUCACCUACCAUUCUAAAGUAUUACCUUCCAUACUAACAACUACACAAAUGCGUACAUGGAUAGAAUAUUGUUAAACAGGGAACUAUGUUAAGGGGUGAAUCGGUAUCUUUAAACUCUAUUUAUUAUUUGUUGAUUAUCACUAUCAUUAAACCUGAAUUCUACCAUCUAUGCAUUAUUCAUUCCCGAAUGUGUAUCAUAAUUUCAAUCAAUUUCAUUGUUACUGGUGGUGGUCAGUUAAGUGAUUUGCAUAACACCUUUUUUCUCUUCUCGUUUUCGAUGAAGUAUAAAAUAUUACCACUUUUAAGGGAAUUGUUUCUUUCUUCUCUUUUCCCUUAACCGUAUAUGUCACUUACUUCUCCUUUGGUUAGAUGUUUCUUAUUCUACAUUUCUAUCCACUAUCGGUUGCAUUGAUUUCUUCCCAUACUAUUACUAUUGACAUACGUACAUAUAGUUCUUAACUAUUGAAGGUAUGCAUGUUUCUGCUAUGUGGUUUUGUCUUCUUUAAAGUUAAAUAUUUUGUUGAUAAAAUGUACACAAACUACAGAUGUUUGCUGUGAUUAAAAACAAUAAUAUAUGAUUUUUCUCUAUACCCUCA